GGCUACUGCAGCAUUAGCCAUUUAAUCCAACCAUGAUGGAUUAAAUCUAUUACAAACGUUAAAGGACUUGUGUGUUGCAAAAUACCCUCACAUGGUGCGUAAAGCAGUUUUUGCGCUAAGAGUUCUGCUAGCUCGUUAUAAACGGAUGAUGCUAACGUUAAUUGCUAACGUUAACCGGAGCGCCAAGACUGAAAAUCAUUUGAAUUGCGUUAGGUAUGUGUUUAUGUCACUGAGUUCUGCAAAAAUCUCUUUCCUCUUUAGCUUGAAAAUGAGUGAUUCAGAGGAUCCCGAGCUGGAGGAAGAACUUCAGGCUGCUGACGAACUCCUUCAAGAUAUGCAGAAUGAUGCACAGAGUGAACCUCAGCCAAGACCAGUGCGCUGGAAAAAACGUGACAGACAGGGAGAUUUUAUUCCUCAAAGACCAUCAACCAGUCGAAGUACUACUUGCAUGCCACGUGUGUCCAGAGAUCAGCAUCAAUGUCCACGUGAAGAAACUAGUUAUGUUACCAGUGUCAACCCAACAAAAGUUUAUGGAACUGAGGUGCUUCGUCAGGAGCUCCUUCAGUUGUUGGAGGAUGGAGAAGAGGACGCAGCCAUGACUUGUGAGACGUCGUCUGAGUCAGCUGCUACUCACUGGGCGAUCAGAAAUAUGGUGUCCUCGCAAAAGUGGAAAGAGACCAGGCCUUGUCUUAUAGACAAUAUGUUAGCUGCUCUGGAUCCACAGUCACACCGUGUGUGUCAGUGUGGCAAACAAGUAGUUGUGAGGUGUCUGGACUGCCUUCCUCUUCCAUUCCUUUGUGCUGACUGUGAUAUUGCAGUUCACACACGCUUUGUCCUGCACAACAGAGAGGCAGUAACAGGAGGGUUUUUGCAGCCUUCAUCAGAGUUUCACAAGCCAAUAGUUCGGCUGUUGCCUGUCCAAAGGCCAGACCAUGUGUGUGACUGCCCAGCAGGUAACGUUGAGGUUUCACCCGGCGCAAUUGUGGCUCUUGUAACCAUAAAUGGCCGUUAUAACCUUGCACUGCCAGUGGUGAGCUGCACCAGCUGUGACCUAAUGUGGUCCCCCUCAGUUAAGGACAUCCUGGGUAGUGGAUAUUGGCCUGGCACCUUAAAUUUCUGCACCCUGUUUUCAAUGGAUGCCUUUCAGUCUUUCUAUGACAUUAAGAAGGCUGCACCAGGGAUGUCACUUAAGGCAUUUGUCAAAAUGCUGGAUGAACGAACAGCCCAUUUUGGAAGGACUGGCCGAAUAUCAGCUGAUGCCUUCAGUAAAAGCUUUGUGGAGUGGAGUGCUGUAAAGUUUGAGGUGGACAGGAUGUGCAAGGAGCCAUGCUUUAGCUGCCCUGCCUGCACUCCAGACAUGCUUGCCGUCUCAGUUGAUGGAAACUGUAAGCUUUAUCGCUUUCAAUCAAAUGCAAGCACUUCAGAGCAGGCGAACUUUGAAGGUGUCUUCAUUGAAAAAGAUGAGGAAGUUGCUGAGUUUGUGAAAUACAUCCAGAGACACACAAAUCAUUGUAUAGGUCCCGGGGAAAGGGUUGUGCGGAUCUUCAUCUUGGACUGCAGCAAAGGAGUUGUCCAAAAAGUCCACUGGGAAGUUGGAUGAAGAGGGCAUGGAAAUAGCUGUUUGUCGCCACGGAGUCCUCUUAGCUGCAUUGAACAUGUUUCGAGGGGAGAUCUUUGCUUAUCCCCUUUUUCUCCAGAGGAAGUUG